AAGAGUCAAGAAGUUGCAAAGAGGUUGGCACAUCCGUAGUGAAAUACUUGGCCGGAAUCGCCUUCCUCUUUCGGUGCACAGGUUCCUAUUGGCGGAAGAUGGACAUGCCCGUCUAGCUAAAUGGCCAAGUACAGUGCCAGGGAACGGCAUCAUUAUUCACAUUCCAAUGUGUCAAGCGCACGAUGGGUAAGUCUCAGAGCAAGCAAGAGAGCGAGGUAACCAAGAUGAGGAUAUUCUUGACGGGCGCGACUGGAUAUGUCGGUGGUCAAGCCUUGCACUCAAUAGCUUCAUCCUUUGCUGCUGCGAGUACCAUCAUCUCAUGUCUGGUACGAGACAAGGAUAAAGCGCAAACAGUCAAGGAUAAAUAUCCAGAUCAUGUACAAACCGUGAUUGGUGACCUGGGCGAUGGAGAAUUGAUGGAAAACGAAAGCCUGCAGGCUGAUAUCGUCCUUCAUCUUGCGAGCACAAAUCACCUGUCAAGUUGCCAGGCAAUUUCCAAAGGGCUGAGCAAGAAGCCCGCAGGCUCCAUUUCGUACUGGAUGCAAAUGUCAGGUGCUUCGUUGUUCGUGAUUCCCCAAAUCAAGGAAGGACGUUACGGCGAGGCGUCGGACGAAGUUUAUCACGACCUGGGAGACACCGAGAAAAUUCUCGCCAUCAUACGCAAAAAUCCUUCGCGAAGUGUGGAUAACCUCAUUGUUUCGCAGGACUCGUCAAAGAUACGCACAGCUUUGGUUCUCGGUCCACUCAUAUAUGGGCAAGGAGCUGGCCCUGGGAAUCAAAGAAGCAUCCAAGUACCAGAAAUUGUCAAGACAACACUUACUUAUGGGGAGGGAUUUCGUUUCGCUAAAGGCCUCAACCGAUGGAGUAACAUUCACGUUAGGGACCUGGGAGACUUGUUCCUUCACUUGGCGAAGGCGGCGCAGAAUGAGAAAGCUCAUGGUUGGAACAAGGAAGGCAUUUACCUGCCCGCCAACGGUGAUAUGGCGUUCGGUGAGGUGUGCGAGCGCGUCGCUCAAGCCGCGUACGAUCAGAAAUUGAUCAAAAGCCCAAAAGUACAGCGUACGAUCGGGGUGGAUGAAGCCAACGAAGCUACUUCUGCCGGUGCCAUAUUCUGGGGCACCAAUGCAGUGUUUGGCUCUGAGAGAGGCCAUCAGGUGCUGGGGUGGCAACCUUCAGCUCCGUCGCUUGCCACUGAGAUCCCAGAAACUGUCAUGACCGAAGCCAAGCGUCAGCGAUAAGUAAAAGGGCGACAUGGAGAGACCAGUAGGCAUCAUGGCCUUAGCAACG